AUGCAAUCAAGAAACAAAUCCCGUCCAUACAGGCUUGCAUCUCCAACACAAUCGAAUAAACUCACACCAUUAUCAGAUGAUUCGCUAUCAGAGAAAACUUCUCAAUCCCAUCGAAAACGGCGUCCACGUUCAGCAUUUACUUCCUACGAAUCACCACCGCAUUCCUCACGCGUCGAUUCAACACCAUCAGCAACACCAUCAGUCUAUCUAAUCGAACUGAAAAAUUCCAAUCGUCCAACGAAUUCUUAUGGUUUAACUAAGACAAUAACUUAUGUCUGGAGAAACAAUCAUCAUCAUCAACAACAGCAACAACAUCGAAAAGAAGAUGAUGUCAAUACGUAUCCAAAAUACUCUGUUGAACAAGUACCACCUAUUCUCGAUGACAGCAAACGUACAGUACCUGUACGAUCCCGACAUGUCACAUUGCAACGUGGCAAAACGGACUGUUGGCAGAGUAAUCAAAUCACAACUAGUUCAAUACUAACUUCGACAUGCCAAAAUCAAACGGGUUCAGCAUCGAAUUUACUCUCGCCCAUUCUACAUACCAAACAAAACGAACCCAAACAUCGAACAAAGUCCUCUGGUCAUGUUAUAUCAAUCACAACAACCAAACGCCAACAGCCAUCGUUAUUGAACGAACGACAAAACACCGAAUGGAAUGUCGAAGAUGAUGGAAAACACAUUCGCUAUUCAAACUUGAAAUGGUAUAGUGCUGAUCAGUUACAAAAACCAGAACGAUUAAUGAUUAAACCACGAACGAAACGACGAUAUCAAACAUCAGACAGUGCUACGGACACCGGUUCCGCCAGUGACCAACACAAUCAAUCAGCUCCACCGAUUUUACAGCAUGAAUUUGACACGCCUGUAACUAAUGAAAAACAUGAAGGUAAGAACAGAGAAAAAGGAUGUUAUUCUAAGCCAAGUGUGGUUCUGUCUACUUCCUCGAUCGAUGAUUAG